UUCUACCAGACCUACAAAGAAGAACUCCUACCAAUCCCACUGAAACUGUUCCAUAAGAUCAAAGGAGGAAAUCCUCCCUAACCCAUUCUAGGAAGCCAGUGUCAUCCUAUGCCAAAGCCAGAAAGGACGCACAAACAAACAAAAACUACAGACCAAUAUUCCUGAUGAACAUGGAUGAAAAAUCCUCAAUAAAAUACUAGCAAACUGAAUCCAAAGCACGUCAAAAAGGUAAUUUACCACAAUCAAGUGGGUUUCAUCCCAGGGGUGCAAAGAUGGUUCAUCAUAUGCAAAUCAAUAAAUGUGAUUCACCACAUGAACAGAAUUAAAAACAAAAACACGAUCAUCUCAAUAUAUGCAGAAAAGACAUUGGAUAAAAUCUAGCACCUCUUCAUGACCAAAAAAAAAAAAAAUCUCAACAAAUUAGACAUAGAAGGAAUACUCCCAGAAAUAAUGAAGGCUACAUAUGACAAAUCCACAGCCAACAUCAUACUGAAUGGGGGAAUAGUUGAAAGCACUCCCCCUAAGAACUGGAACAAGCAAUGCUUCUAAUAUAUUGUGAGUGAAAGAGCUAGAUUUGGCAUGAAAGGGCUAAAAUUUAAUCCAACAUAAUAAGGAGUCAAUUGAUAAUACCUAAAAUUAACUAAUCAAAAUACCUCAGAAAACAGAUUAGUGGCAUAAGAAGUAAUUAAGAGUUGAAAAAUACCUAUCUCUUGGGAGGAGAACUAAGAAAAAUAAGAAAGGAAAGGGCAGAAAAACAAUGUAUUUUAUUAUAAGCCUCUUAGUGUUAUUUAAUUUUGAACCAAGGUCAUAGAUUGUUUUGAAAAAAAAUUCAAAAUAUCAGUAAAAUGGUGCCCUUGCAAAAUCUCACCAAGAAUAAAAAGCAGGUAAAACACUAAACAUUGCUAUUAAGAAUAGGGAUACAACUAAAGACAAAUAAAAUAAUGAAAAUAUAAUACCAAGAAAUUUGAAACUAGAUAAAAUAAAUGCUUUUAAAAAGAAAAUGCAAAUUACUUAAAAAGAAAACAAAUCACCUGAAUAUAUUAAUAACCAAAGGUAAAAUAGAAAAGGUAGUCAUUGAUCUACCAAAAGUGAAAUCACCAAACCUAACCAGUUCAAGAGGCAAGUUUUAAUUAAGCAUGUAGAAACAGAUAAUCACAUAAUUAUAAAACUUUUCUGAUGUAUAAAAUAGGUGGACAGCUUCUUAACCCAUUUUAUAACACCAGUAUGGUAAUUUAAUGCCAAGACCAUAAAAGCUAAACACCCUCACACACAUACACACAGAAUAACAUGGGCCAGAAAAAUCCUAAAACCAUGUUGACACAUCAAAUCCAUCUAUGCAUUAAAAUGAUAAUACAUUGUAGUUAAAUGUCAUUUAUAUCAAGAACUCAAAAUUUUAAAACCUGAAGGAAAAAGUAUAAUUUCAACAGAUGUCAAAAAUUACUUUAAAAUAAGCAAAAGAAUAAUGAAGAAAACUUUUUUGAUUCAAAAGAGUAUUUACCCCAAAUUGAGAUCAACCAUCAUAGUUAAAGAUGAAAUACUAAAAGUACUUCCAUAAACACAAGAUGGACCUAUUUGCUACUACUAAUUUUAAGAGUAUUCAUUGGAUAUUGGAGAUUCUCCUGAAAUUACAGGUGAACAAUAAUUGGUAUAUUAUACUUAAAGCAGGUGAACAGUGAAGGCUGGGGGUGGGGGAAUGCAGAAAGUGUUCCGGAAUAUAUUAUGGGUUAAGAGUGAAGACUUUGAAAGUAGGAUGGACUAAUUCCCAAGAAACUGAGAGGCCAAUUAUUCCGCUGUAGGAACAUCAUUAUUGUUGAAUGGUUUACAAAUAAAUAAAACCUCCUCAACAAAUAUUUGUUGUCUUUUGGAAGAGGCUUCAUUUUCUUAUAUAUUCUUUACUAUCAAUUUUUAAAACAGGAGAAAGUUUUCUUGGGGUUUUGGUGAGGAGACAGUUAAAUUUCAUGCCCCUAGAUUGAAGAACAAAAUAGAUUUAUUUUUCUACGAAUUCAGAUUAUAAGAGGGGGGAAACGACAUAAAGCUGUUACUUACUAGCAUUAUCGCGACCAUUUGAAGGAAAAAGAUGGAGCGAAACAGCAAAGGCAGUGGGGGGAAGAAACACACUCCUUGCAGAACGCCUUCAAUCCACCACCUUUCUGUUCUGUUCUUGAGAACGGGAAUAACACACACAAAACGCAAGGUGGCGCUGUAGGCUAAAAAGAGGGGGGAAAAAAAUACAGGGACAAAGGAUUCCAAGCGUAAAGAGGAAAUCCGACCAGAAAACUAGAGGAAAGGAAAUCACGGUGAUUGGAAUGGGAGGAGAGUGAGGAUCCCUCCGCACAGGCGUCGCUACUACUACCCAGCCCAUUUCCAAGGACUCGCUUGCUGCCGUUUCCGAGAGCUGCGUGAAGCCGAGUGGAGGUGGUUUUGAAGGACCGAUGGCACGAAGCGCGGAGGCCAGCCUGGGGCGCGCCGCGCGGAGAAGGCAAGUUCUCUAUCUUUGUGUAUUUCUGGGAGUGUCUUGGGCCCGCGCAGAACCGCUCCGGUAUUUCGUGGCGGAGGAAACUGAGCGAGGCAGUUUUCUCGCCAACCUAGCAAGCGACCUGGGGCUGGGGGCGGGGGAACUGUCAGCCCGGGGAUCCAGAAUUGUGUCAGACCAGGGCGCGCAUUUUUUACUGCUCAGUCUGCUUACUGGUGACUUACUUCUAAAUGAGAAAUUGGACCGGGAGGAGCUGUGCGGCCCCACAGAGCCCUGCGUGCUGCCUUUCCAGCUGCUACUAGAAAGGCCUUUCCAGAUUUUCCGUGCUGAACUAUGGGUCAGAGAUGUCAACGAUCACUCGCCAGCAUUUCUGGAUGCAGAGAUUCCCUUGAAAAUAUUAGAAAGCGCCACUCCAGGGACAGCAUUUCUUCUGGAAAGUGCACAGGAUUCGGACGUUGGAAACAACAGCCUGAGUAACUACACCAUCAGCCCUAACUCCUAUUUCCAUAUUAAUGUCCGUGACAGCGGGGAGGGGAGCAUCUACCCGGAGUUGGUACUGGAUCGAGUCCUGGAUCGCGAAGAGAUACCUGAGCUGAGUUUAACCCUGACGGCCGUGGACGGGGGCUCUCCGCCCAGAUCGGGGACCGCCGCGGUGCGCGUCCUGGUGGUAGACAUCAACGACAACGCCCCCGAAUUCGUGCAGUCUCUCUACCAGGUGCAGAUGCCCGAGGACAGCCCGACUGGCGCCCCGGUCGUCACGGUGUCCGCUAGAGAUUUAGAUACCGGAAGUUAUGGGGAAAUAGUCUACGCAUUUUUCUAUGCCACUGAAAGAAUUCUCAAAACGUUUCAAAUCAACUCAACGUCCGGCAGUCUGCACCUUAAAGCCGCAUUGAACUAUGAGGCAAUUCAAACUUACACAUUAACUAUUCAGGCCAAAGACGGCGGAGGGCUUUCCGGGAAAUGUACUGUGGUGGUUGAGGUAACAGAUAUAAAUGAUAAUGCGCCAGAGCUGCUCGUGUCAUCAUUUACUAGUCCAAUUGCGGAGAACUCGCCGGAGACAGUGGUUGCUGUUUUUAGGAUUAGAGACAAAGAUUCAGGGAACAAUGGAAAGAUGGUGUGCUCCAUCCAGGACGAUCUCCCCUUCGUCCUGAAACCAUCCGUGGAGAAUUUCUAUACUCUAAUGACAGAGAAACCUUUAGAUCGAGAAAGAAACGCCGAGUACAACAUCACCAUCACGGUCACUGACCUGGGGACACCCAGGCUGAAGACGGAGCACACCAUAACGGUGCUGGUCUCCGACGUCAACGACAACGCCCCCGCCUUCUCCCAAAGCUCCUACACCCUGUUCGUCCCCGAGAACAACAGCCCCGCCCUGCACAUCGGCAGCGUCAGCGCCACAGACAGAGACUCGGGCUCCAACGCCCAGGUCACCUACUCGCUGCUGCCGCCCCGCGACCCGCACCUGCCGCUCGCCUCGCUGGUCUCCAUCAACGCGGACAACGGGCAGCUGUUCGCCCUGAGGUCGCUGGACUUCGAGGCCCUGCGGGCGUUCGAGUUCCGCGUGGGCGCCGCAGACCGAGGCUCCCCCGCGCUGCGCAGCGAGGCGCUGGUGCGCGUGGCGGUGCUGGACGACAACGACAACCCGCCCUUCGUGCUGUACCCGCCGCAGAACGGCUCGGCGCCCUGCACCGAGCUGCUGCCCAGGGCGGCAGAGGCCGGCUACCUGGUGAGCAAGGUGGUGGCGGUGGACGGCGACUCGGGCCAGAACGCCUGGCUGUCGUUCCAGCUGCUCAAGGCCACGGAGCCCGGGCUGUUCAGCGUGUGGCCGCACAAUGGCGAGGUGCGCACCGCCAGGCCGCUGGGCGAGCGCGACGCGGCCAGGCACAGGCUGGUGGUGCUGGUGAGGGACAGUGGCGAGCCCGCGCUGUCUGCCAGCGUCACGCUGCACGUGCUGCUGGUGGACGGCUUCUCGCAGCCCUACCUGCCGCCGCCGGAAGCGGCCCCGGCCCAGGCCCAGGCCGACUCGCUCACCGUCUACCUGGUGGUGGCCUUGGCCGCGGUGUCGUCGCUCUUCCUGUUCUCGGUGCUGCUGUUCGUGGCGGUGCGGCUGUGCAGGAGGGACCGGGCGGCCUCGGGGGGUCGCUGCUCGGUGCCUGAGGGCCGCUUUCCGGGCCACCUGGUGGAUGUCAGCGGCGCGGGGACCCUGUCCCAGAGCUACCAGUAUGAGGUGUGUCUGAUGGAAGGCUCGGGAACCACCAGUGAGUUCAAGUUCCUGAAACCCAUUAUUCCCAACCUUUUACCCCAGAGCACAAGGAAGGAAGUGGAAGAAAAUCCCUCAUUUGGGAAUAAUGUAGGUUUCUGAAAAAUAAUGAAAAAUAAAUGCUGGGACUGUGAAUAUAUUGCUAAUUAGAAGCUUAUCCUGAGAUACCUAUACAAGAGUGUUUUCACAUUAUUUCAAAUAUGUACUCUUAAAGUCAAAGAAUAAAUUUCUUUACAUAGGAAAGGACACAGAUUUAGCUCCAGGAACCCUCCACAAAGCAUGAAAUGUGUAUGUAUCAUGUUUUAUAGCAAACAAUUAUGCUUAUUGUGUGGUGUAUUAAGAGGUAAAUCUUAUUUCUGACGUUUUAAA